CAAGUGGUGUCUUGAAAGGAUUUGACCCUCUUCUGAACCUGGUGCUGGAUGGUACCAUUGAGUAUAUGCGAGACCCAGAUGAUCAGUUCAAGCUAACAGAAGACACACGCCAGCUGGGACUCGUGGUGUGCAGAGGGACUUCUGUGGUCCUCAUCUGCCCUCAGGAUGGGAUGGAAGCUAUUCCAAACCCUUUCAUUCAGCAGCAGGAUGGCUAA